GGCCGCUCGCUGCUCCUGGAACCUUCACUCGCGGUGUUGACAGCCACCGUUGCGGAGCCGCCGCGGUUCAGGGCUCGGACAAUUUGAAAGUACAAUAGUCGGUUUCCCUGCACCCGACCCGCUUCGUUUGCCAUCCCAGCACGCCUAUAGGAUCUGAGUGGAGAAGUUGUCCUCGGCUUGGGUUCUCCCUGUCUGUACGCCCAACACCUACCUAUAUUUCUAAAACAUUUAAUAUAAUUAACGGGGAACAAAAAGGAGAAAAGGAAGGGAAACAUUACUGGGUUACUAUGCACUUGCGACUGAUUUCUUGGUUUUUUAUCAUUUUGAACUUUAUGGAAUACAUCGGCAGCCAAAACGCCUCCCGGGGAAGGCGCCAGCGAAGAAUGCAUCCUAACGUCAGUCAAGGCUGCCAAGGAGGCUGUGCGACGUGUUCAGAUUACAAUGGAUGUUUGUCAUGUAAGCCCAGACUAUUUUUUGUUCUGGAAAGAAUUGGCAUGAAGCAGAUUGGAGUGUGUCUCUCUUCAUGUCCAAGUGGAUAUUAUGGAACUCGAUAUCCAGAUAUAAAUAAGUGUACAAAAUGCAAAGCUGACUGUGAUACAUGUUUCAACAAAAAUUUCUGCACAAAGUGUAAAAAUGGAUUUUACUUACACCUUGGAAAGUGCCUUGACAAUUGCCCAGAAGGGUUGGAAGCCAACAACCAUACCAUGGAGUGCGUCAGUAUUGUGCACUGUGAGGCCAGUGAAUGGAGUCCUUGGAGUCCAUGCAUGAAGAAAGGAAAAACAUGUGGCUUCAAAAGAGGGACUGAAACACGGGUCCGAGAAAUAACACAGCAUCCGUCAGCCAAGGGCAACCUGUGCCCUCCCACCAGUGAGACAAAAAAGUGUACAGUGCAAAGAAAGAAGUGUCAGAAGGGAGAACGAGGAAAAAAAGAAAGGGAAAGGAAAAGAAAAAAACUUAAUAAAGAAGAAAGUAAGGACGCAAUACCUGAUAACAAAGGUCUGGAACCCAGCAGAGAAACUCCAGAACAACGAGAAAACAAAGACAAACAGCAGCAGAAGAAGCGAAGGGUCCAAGACAAGCAACAGAAAUCGGUAUCAGUCAGCACUGUACAUUAGAGGGUCCCGUGAGAUUGUUGUAAACUCACGAUGCUGCUAUCUCAACCAGAUGCCCAGGACAGGUGCUCUAGCCAUUAGGACCACAAACGGACAACGUGUCAGUUACUGCUCAGUCUGAACAACAUUCCUCAUAGUUGCUAUAUUCUUCAUACAAGCGUAGUUAACAACAAAGAGCCAAAAGUUCAAAGAAGGGGUGUUUCCAAAUGGUUAUCUUACUUGCUUCUGUGCAUUUCUGAGAGACAAGAAAUCUUGUACAUAACUAUCAAUAGGCUAUAAGAUGUAAUAACAUAAUGAUGACAUCUGGAGAAGCAAUAUCUUUUCCCUAUAAAAAUAAUUGUUCAAGCUAUUGCCUUAAGAAGCGAAAGAUAGUUCUGCAAAUUCAAAGAUGCAGUAUCCCUUCAAAGUAACCUAAGAGAUCAGGGAAGAGAAACCUCUUUCAAAGAACAGUGUUGUUUCGUCCAGGAGAUCUAGAGAGGGCUCAGAGAGUAGUGCCUGGCAUUUGGAAUCCUAGGAAUUCUCACCACAGAAACAACCAUGUUAAGAUUGGUUCUAUUGCCCUCACCUUGUCCUUCUGCAAGAAACAUGAGAGUGCACACCAGAGUUAAGUACACCCUAUGGGAUUGGAGAAAGGCAAACUGCGGAAGAAACCAUAGUGUUGGAGAUGACUUCUGGGCUUUACAAGACUGUGAAAGGUUGUAAUUACUGGGAACAGGUCUCCAGUCUAUGUCAGCACUGUGUGGUUCAGCCUCUGCUACCCCUUGGGUUAUGUAAGUCUGUAAACAUGUACCUGUAACUUCCUAAAAACAAAAUCAUACUUAUUAGAAGAAAAUUCUGAUUUCAUAGAAAACAAAAACUAGAGCAAGGGGAAUAGAAUAUGUUUGCAAAAUCACGUGUCUUCUGAGGGAAAAACGAUUUUAUGACCUGCUUAAUGGUCCACCUGGAACUAAAGGGAUACUACUUUCUAACAAGGUGUAUCUAGUAGGGGGGAAGCCACCACAAUAAAUAUAUUUGUUGAUAGUUUUUAAA